AUGUUGCUGAGUUUUGCGUUUUUUUUAAUACCGGUUGUCGCGGUGACCGGUCAACAAUUUAACAACGCCGUGAGAAAUGGUUAUUUACCACCCGUUUCACCUUCUUCUUCCACGUCACCAUCGGAUUCUUUAUUUAAAGCCGAACAAAGCAGACAAAGUAUCGAACUGUCGGAAAAAGAUGCACCGCUUUGUAGUUACGAAGAUUCAAAAUCUGGAUUAUGUUCUCACGAUGAUAAAAAAAUUCAAAAUAUUUUCGAUAGUAUAAAUUCAAAAUUGGAAAAAUUUUCAAGUCCGAAAGCCACGGUACAAACGGUUAAAGAAACUACAAAACCAAAUUAUUCAAAAUUUAACGGUGAUGGUUCAACCGUCGCUUUUGAAAUACUCAAUCCGAGAACUGAUAAUGUUAUACCAGUGACUACAAUCAAACCAACUAUUCCUACUACAAUCACUACUACCACGACAAAAUUUAAAAAUGAUUUAUUUGCUAAUAAUAAAAUUGAAGAAUCUCGUGCUUAUCUUCCGCCUGUACCAGAAUAUUCCGGUGCUGCUCAAACACUAGACAGUGCGGUUAAAGUACCACAGAGGGAGCCACAAAAUAAUAAUAAUAAUGAUGAUCAUCACCAUCACCAUCAUCAUCAUCAUCACGAUGAAAAUUUUGAUAUUUGCUCCGAUCCGUUUCAUUCAUUUUUAUGUGCGCCCUUAAAAGCAAGAAAGCGAAUCACGGGAGCUUUACCGGAAAGAUUAGGUCAACCUUCAUUUAAUGAAUUUCGUAACGUUUUAUUUCCUUCCAAGAAGCCAUCAUUAAUAAAUAACGAGCCAAAACUUAGUUCACCAUCGAACAUAAUUGAAUCUACUUCUUUUAAACCUACUACCACUACUACUUCAAAACCUACUUUCUUACCGACAUUUUUAACAACUAAAUUUCAAGGAGAAAAUUCAAACGUGAACGACAGAUUUUACCUUCCUCCAGUACUACCGGGUAAUCAAAAUUUUAAUUCUUUUCCCGUUAGACCGGAAUCAUCGAACACUGUGACGCAAACUACAAAAUUUCAAAGUUCUUCAUCAAUUUUCAAUUCCCCGCAGACAACGUUUUUAAAUAAUUUUCAUUCGAAUAAUUUAAACGAUCAGAAUAAAAUUUUCCAACCGACGACAGAAAAAAAAUAUCUUAACGAUUUAGUGAAUAACGUACAAAAUGUUAAAUUUGACCAAGUACCCGUGAAAAAAACAAAUUUACUACCUUCGAAUACGAUAACGACGAAAAAUCAAUUUUUAUCAUCCUCUAGUGCUACAUUUUCUAAACAACCGGAAACAACAUCAAAUCCAUUUUUAAAAAAUAACGACCGAUCCCAACAGGAAAAUUCUUUUCUAUCAUCUCUAGGACCCAACUUAUUUAAUACGAAAAAAUCAUCCACGUCUUUUGCAUCCAACAUUAUAUCAUCUGUACCAUCUGUAACAUUUAAUAACAAAAAACCAGACGAUAAUAAUGAAAAAAUCACGACAUUUUCAUCUAGUUUCGUACCGACCAACGUUCCAAAUUUAUUUACCGACAUUAGUGUAAGUGGCAAAGGUCAACCGACGUUCACACCAACAUCGACAGCAUUUAACAAUUUUGCUUCUUCUUCCAAAUCGACAUUACCACCGGCAGCGAAUUUCAUCGCGACAACAUUAAGACCCUUUUCGGAAAAGAAUUCAUUAUUAUCAUCAUCCGUAACAAAUAAUAUUCUGAGAACGAAUCAAAAUGAACAAUCGUCACCAUUUUCUUCAAACGUUCCGUUAAAUUUAAAUAAUGAAUAUUCAUCAACAAUUUCUAAAUCGCAAAAUCAAUUAACGACAACAAUCAAACCAUUCACUACGACGCCAUCAAAAUCCGUAACGACAUCAACGAAAAUAAUUGAAAAAUUUACAAUAAAUAAUUUAAUACCAACCGCACAACAAUCAAACCCGGCGGUGACAUCUCAAGGUAACCCUCAAACUCUAGUUCAAACGGAAAACUAUGAAAAAUCAUUAUUAUUUAAAAAUAAUAACGACGGCAACGUCAUUUGCAACGAUUCAUUUCAAAAUUUUUUGUGCGCUAAGAAGGAUGUAGCUGGUGUUACCGGAAAUGUUUUGACCAAAUCAACGGAAACGUUUAAUGGCGUCAACGCAGAAAUAAAACCGUCGUCCACUUUUCAAAGCUUAACGACUCAGACAAAUCUACCACAAAACACGGUAAGAAAUGGAUUUUCUCAAAAUCAAUACAAGCCGUCGUCGACAAGAGGAGACUCAUCGUCACUUUUUACCACUUCCGGAUCGGACGAAGGAUAUACUUAUCCGAAACCUAGCACGGUAUUUCCGCUACCGACAAAAACGAAAAGUACAUUUCUUCCGGUGACGACAUAUAAACCAACGACAAAAUUUAUAACAAAUGAUUUUUCUGAAUCGAACGAACAAAAAUCAUUUACCGGAUAUAAUUACCCAAAACCACCGGAACCUUUGCUACCCCAAACGGACGAACAAAAAAAUUUUGAAAUAAUAAAAACGACAUCGGUAAAAUACGAUUAUCCAAAACCGGAAAGAAAAUUUUUAUUGCCGACGGAAGAAUCGAGAACCGUGACACAAAAAACAACAUUGUCAUCAUCAUCAUCAUCAUCAUCAUCAUCGCCGACAAACACUCCUUCGGCAUCGACAAACAUCGCAUCAAAAGGUUACUUUUAUCCGAAACCGCAAGAAAGCUUAGAAUUACCGCAAAAAAAGGGUUACGAUUAUCCAAAACCUAAAAAUCAAUUAAAACUUCCGGCGGAAAAAGAAUUCAAACCAUUAUUUUCCGAUCUUCGACAACUUCUUUGGAAGUUAAUAAACUGGACAAAAGAAGCAGCGACGGGAGCGACGGUGACACCGACGGGAAUCCGACACUGUUAA